UCUAAACCGCACACGUGCAUUUUGAACGGCAGCAGUUUUGAUUAUUUACUUCGGAAAACCGGAGUUUUUAAGUGAAAAUUGAACAAAAGACAGCCGCAAGAUGGUGAAGAAGAAAAUAGACAACCGGAUACGGGUAAUGAUUGAGAACGGUGUGAAACUGGGCCACCGUACCAUGUUCAUUGUGAUCGGAGACAAGGCGCGCGACCAAGUUCCCAUCCUCUACGACAUCCUGACCAAGUCGACGGUUAAGGCUCGUCCCACGGUCCUCUGGUGCUACAAAAACAAAGACGAGGCCAUAUCCAAUCAUGGCAAAAAGCGAGCAAAGAAGAUUGCCGCAGGCAAAGUGGACGUGAGCGAGGCGGACUUGUUCGAUUCCUUUCGCGUGGCCACCACCAUUCAUGGCAGAUACUACUCCGAGACGCACGCGGUCCUCGGCCGAACCUACGGCGUUUGUGUGCUCCAGGACUUCGAGGCGCUGACCCCCAAUCUUCUGGCGCGAACUGUGGAAACGGUGGAGGGCGGCGGGCUGAUCAUUCUGCUGCUGAAGACCCUGCAAUCGCUAAAGCAGCUCUACACCAUGAGCAUGGAUGUGCACAAGCGGUUCCGCACGGAGGCCCAUCAAACGGUCACGUGUCGCUUCAACGAGCGCUUGAUUCUCUCGCUGGCGGACUGCAAGCGCUGUCUGGUGGUCAACGAUGAUCUCACCGUGCUGCCGCUCAGCUCCAAGACCAUCAAUGUGGAGCCAGUGAACCCCGCUGGCGCUGGUCGUUCGCCCAAUGAGAGCAGCCUGAAGGAACUAAAGGAGAGCCUGCUGAAUGUACAGCCAGCCGGAGCUUUGGUCAAUCUCUGCAAGACCUACGAUCAGGCCAAUGCCGUUGCCCAGUUCAUCGAGGCGCUGGUUGACAAGCAACUGAAGCCGCCCAUGUCCUUAACGGCAGCCCGUGGACGUGGCAAGUCGGCUGCGCUGGGCCUUUCGAUAGCCGCCGCCGUGGCCUUUGGCUAUGUGAACGUGUACGUGACCUCGCCGCAUCCGGAGAACCUGAUCACGCUCUUUGAGUUCGUGCUGAAAGGUUUCGAUGCGCUGGAGUACCAGGAGCAUGCGGACUACACGAUUAUUCGCUCCACGAACGCAGACUACAAAAAGGCCAUCAUCAGGAUCAACAUUACGAGGAGCAGCAGGCAGACCAUCCAGUAUAUUUCCCCCAGUGAUACCCAUCUGCUGAACGCCGCCGAUCUCCUGCUGAUUGAUGAGGCAGCUGCCAUUCCUUUGCCGCUGGUGAAGAAGAUGAUCGGUCCGUAUCUGGUGUUCAUGGCCAGCACGAUUAAUGGUUACGAGGGCACCGGUCGAUCGCUGAGUUUGAAGCUCAUCUCCCAGCUGCAGAAGGACAACAAUGCACGGCCGCCGCUGAAGCUGGAGGAAUCGAUUCGUUACCAGGAGAACGACGACAUAGAAAAGUGGCUGAUCAACCUGUUGUGCUUGGAUGCCAGCACUGUGCCGAGCAUCAGCUCGGGAUGUCCCACGCCGGACGCCUGUGAGCUGUACUACGUGGACAGGGACGCCCUGUUCUCGUAUCACAAGGCGGCCGAGGCUUUCCUGCACCGCCUGGUCUCCAUUUAUGUGUCGUCGCACUACAAGAACACGCCCAACGAUCUGCAGAUGAUGAGCGAUGCGCCCGCCCACCAUCUCUUCUGCCUGUUGGGUCCGAUUCAGCGGAUGGACGCCCUGCCGGAGAUCCUGGUGGUUAUCCAAGUGGCGCUCGAGGGCCAGAUCUCCGCCAAGAGCAUCAGCGACUCCCUGGGAAGGGGCAAGAAGGCGGCCGGCGAUCUGAUACCCUGGAACAUAGCUGAGCAGUACGGGGAUCGCGACUUCCCCAAGCUGUGUGGCGUGCGGAUUGUGCGGGUGGCCACGCACCCGAACUACCAGAGGAUGGGCUACGGCAAGCGGGCCAUUCAGCUGCUCAAGGACUACUAUGCGGGCAAGCACACCAACUUGGAGGAUGGACCGGUCGCACGUAAAAACGAAGAGAAAGGCAUCGAGGAGGUGGAGGAGGAGGAGCUGAGUCUGCUGAAGGAGCAGAUCCGGCCGCGCAGUCGCAUUCCAACUCUCCUGCAGCGCCUGCACGAACGCACGCCAGAACGCGUCGACUACAUAGGCACUUCAUACGGCCUCACGUCCGAAUUGCUGAAGUUCUGGAAGUCCGCCGGCUUUGUGCCCGUUUACUUGAGCCAGAAGUCGAACGAACUGACCGCCGAGCACAGCUGCAUCAUGCUGCACACGCCCGCCGCCACGCCCUGGCUGGGCCUCUACUACCAGGACUUCCGCAGGCGAGUGCUCAAGCUGAUGGGCAAGACGUUCCGCGAGUUCGAGACGAAGCUCUGCCUCGCUCUGCUCAAGAACAAGUCCGUGGACAUGGAGGCCAGCGCCCUGAAGGCGGUCGACAAGGCCAUGCUGGAUGUCUACUUCCUGCCGCACGAUCUGCAGCGCCUGGAGAGCUACACCCGCCAGCAGUCCGAGUUCCGGCUGAUCAUCGAUCUGCUCACGGACAUUGCCCAGCUGUAUUUCCAGGGACGGAUCGAGGGUCUGCAGCUGGACCUGGUGCAGCAGGGCAUCCUCCUGGCGAUGGGUGUGCAGGGCAAAACAGUGGACGCCUUGGGCCUCGAGCUCAAUAUGCCGGGCAAUCAGUUGCUGGCCAAGUUCUUCGACGCCAUGAAGCGGUGCAAUCAGUGUUUCCGAUCGGUUCUCGAGCAGCACAUCGAGGGCGGCAUGCUGCGGGAGGAGGAUCUGUCCAAGGGCGAGGAGCUGCAGCCGCUCAGCCUGUCGCUCGACAAGGAGCUGGACCAGACCGCCCGCAAGCUGGACAAAAAGCAGCGCAAGGAGCUGAAGCGCCUCAAGGCCGAGCAGCUCGACGAGUUCCAGAUCAAGGGCACCGAGGAGGACUGGUCCAAGGCGCUGCAGACGAACGGAGCGGGCGGUGGCAGCGGGCUGCUCUCCGUCAAGAGUGGCGUCAAGCGGUUGGAUGGACCCAUCGAAAUGCCCGAGGACCGCGAACUGUCCGCUCCGCAAAACAAGAAGAAAAAGAAGAACAAUCCGAAACAAAAGCGCGGCAAGGGUUCUCUGAUUUAAAGGAGAAAGUAAUGACAUCUUUUUUUUUGGGGGGAAAAGAAGAAUGUGGGUUUUAAUGCUAUAGACAAGUACAUAUUGUUGUAAGCUCCGUUGAAAAUAAAGAAACCUUAUAACUGAA